CGAGGACGCCGACUCGGACACAGGCACUCGAGAGUGAACAAGACGUCGCAGGGAUUUCUGUCUUGCUGUCUUAUUUUCGUCUUGGAAAUGGCGUAAAAUUACUCUUUUUAUAACUCUGCAACACAUUGCAGCUUAAGAAAAACAUAAUGACGACAUUAAGGAAUAUGUUUGGAACAUGUCCAACCGAUGUCACUUGGAAGAACCUGCAAGUGAUUCAGGUGGAAGAGGCAGAUACCCUUUGGGUUCGAGAGUUUCCCUCAAGUCAGGUGUCAAAAAAUUUAUCAGAUUUCCAAAAGAUGGAAGCUCAUAUGAAUGAGAAGUUUAGGAAGACAUUACCUGGCAGGCAAAUGCAAGUAUUCCCAGCAAAGAUAGGAGAUAGGGUUGCAGUGAUCCACAAGAAUCAUUGGUAUCGUGGUCGAGUGUUGGAUAUCGCUGACACUUCUAAAGGGCAGGAAGCAGAAAUCUUUCUUCUUGAUUAUGGUAGUUCUGUUAAGGCAGACGCAGCAGCUGUGAUAGGCCUCCAGGAUGACGAGUGGGCCAGUGUGGCAUACCAGGCAGAAAAAAUUUAUCUGUUUGCUCUUAUUCCUCUGUCAUUGGAUUAUGCUCUUUCAUCCACACAGUUCAGUGUCAUUCCCAGAGAGAGCAAGACUUGGGACCCAGCAGCAAUGGUUUUUGUCAAGAAUCUUGUUGAGUCCAGACCCAGAGCAGAGUUUUUGCCACUGCAGAAAGGAGAACAUGGAUGUUUCCAUGGCCAGCUAACCCUGUAUAUUAGAAUAGAGGUUUGGGAAGCAAUACCUGAACUAGCAAAAAUAAGAUGGCCAAAGGAAGGUGAUGGAGAAGUAGCCGUGGACCUUGCCAAGCUGCUUGUGAUGUGUGACUAUGCAAAAUUUGCAACCGAGCUUCUUGUUGACAGGAUGAAAGGAAGAAAUGCUGAAGAAAAUUCAGAAGAAGACACAGUUAGCAAUGACUCAGAAUUUGCAACAGAAAGCAGGGAAGACUUUCAAGGAUCAUCAAAGCUAGAGUUUAAGAACAUAAAAAGAAUGGUACCAAGGAGUAGAGGAUUAACUCGAAUGAUUUGUCAUACAAGCGACAGCAGCAAUAGUACAAGCAACCUAGAAUCAAGUGCUGAAGCGCUUGACGUGUCAUUUCAGUCAUCUGGCCGUGGUAGAGGCCUGAUGAGCAUGUUCGAUUUUUUUAAAUGUGGAACCUCGACUCCCCUGUCAAUGGGAAGCUCCAGUGCUGAUUUGCAAAAAUCUGGAAGAAACCCAAAGACUGAGUUUUCUGACUCUCCAGUGGAAAUGUCUGGUGAAAUUGAAUGCUCGGAAUCUGAUUCAGUUUCUAAUCUGUGCUUAGAAGAAAUUCCUGUUCCCGCAUCAGCAGUACACAGAAGCUUAACAAAAGGGCUAUUUCCAACACACAAUGAAGAAAUGAGUGCUGCAAAAAACUGCAAUCUCUCGUCAUCUGAAAAGAAAAGUGAUGAGAAACAGUCCUUAGUGGAUGAUGUUAGUUCUGAUACUUCUUUAUCCAUAAAGACUGUUCCUGAGUGUAGUGUUAAGAUAUCUCCUCAGAAUGCUGAAAGAUUCACAGGAACAUCUAAACAAAAGGAAGAAUUAAACAUGGGAUCACCUGGUGGAAGAGGAUUAUGCCUUAAGCUUGGCAAAUCUAGUCUGUCUGAUGUUAAAGGGGUGAGCAAAAUUUCUGACUCUAAAGAAAGUAAUAUAUUGACAAAAAAUUCAGAACCCAUGCAAAAUGGAAAGUGUAAGGAGGAGGUUAUAGCUGUGCAUGAGAAAAAGAGGAAGACUAUUGACUGCAAUGCAAGAAAGGUGAACAGUCAUCUUAUUGCCUCAUUUAUUUCAGAUGUUUGGGACAGAGAGGAAAUGGGAGAUGUUGAGGAAGAAUUGACAAUCUCAUUAAGAGAGAAAAAUUUGCCAGAGGGCCCUUGCAUUGCAAAGUUGUUCAGGAUAUUUGUAGCCGGGGAGUCCCCUGUUGCUGAGGAAGAAGUAGUUGUUAAUGAGAACAUGGUUGAUGCAAUACUGAAUGGUCAUAUUGUAAAAAUACUAAAUGAUUUGGAUAUGAGAGCAACACGACUGCAGGCAUAUGCUUGGCCUGCUAUAACACGAGGCACUUCAGCCAUCAUUGUAGGAGGCAAAAGGAGUGGCAAAACUUAUGGUUAUAUUGUACCUUUGAUUUCUGUUCUACUAGACUCAUGGCAGCACAUAAGCCGUCGUCUUCCCCAAGGCAUUGGGGCUGUUUUGGUUAUUGUUUGCAAAGACUGGAGAAGUGCAAAAUAUACUGCUGAUUCGCUGGUUAGAUUCCUACCUGCAAAAAUGUCACUAAAAGUCAUCACAGCUUGGGGAGGUUGUGGCAAUGAAGAGGUAAUUGAUACCAGCUCCCAGUUACUUGGAGGUUGUGACAUUCUGGUUACAACUGCCCCAUGUUUGGUGAGGCUUCUAACAGGAAAAACUGCAGAAUUUGCAAAGGCAGACAAAGAGGGGGGCACCAAAGCAUUUACAUCCCUUGCUAGGUGUUGCUAUCUUGUAUUUGAUGAUGUUGAUUCAAUCUUGGAAAAUUGUGCAGUGGAGGUGAAACAGAUACUGACUUACUGGGGUGAAGGAAAGAGCAAAAGUGACCGAAGGGACUUUGAACAUCAGUUAAUUUUAGUUGCAUCAUCAUGGACCAAAUUAUUGAAUUCAUUGACACAGACAGUAACUCCUCUUCUUGAGCCAAUUAUUAUUGUUGCUGAUCCUUGGGAGGCUGUAAUAGCUACUAGAGCCCGUACCUUUGUUCAUAAAGUAGAGGAAAUGGGGACAGAGCAAGAUAAACUUGUUGAACUUUUACAAGAUAACAGACAUGGAAGGAUUUUGGUGUUUGUGGGUGAUGAUAAUCAGGCCAGGAAUCUGAAAAUAUUACUGGAUGCUGUGGCUGUAUAUUCCUUAAUUGUAACAAGCUGUUCUACAAUGUGGGUUAUGAAGUCCAUAGUCCAGGAAUGGCACUCUAUAGCAAAUGUAGUUUUGAUAGUCUGCCAAGAGGCUUCAUCACUCCUCCUCCUGUAUGAAUUAGCAAAUGCAGACCUCAUUAUUCAUGCAGAUAUACCAAACUUCAUUGGUAAUUUCAAAAUGAGGUAUGCUUUUAUGGUAAAUAAUUUUUCAACAGAUUUAAAUCAGGACACCAUAAAUUGUGAGUCUCACAUAAUAUUGUCCAAAGAAUCGGUGAAGCGGCUUCCUCCUCUUGUGCUUGAAGCAGAAAGAGCUGGUAAAGUUCCAAGAGAGCUUCAAUAUGUAGCAACUAAACUUAUGGCAAGCUGUAGCCAAGAUGAUGCUCUGUGUUAUUAUUUAAAAGCUUAUGGUAAAUGUUGUAUAGGUUACACUUGUGGAUUUAGGCAUAGAAUACAAAAGUUUGAUACUGAGAGUGUGAUUCCAAGAAAAGGUGAAGUUACUUUCAGUGUUAUCAAAGUGAUAAAUGCAUCCCGAUAUUUAGUACGCCUCUUGAGUUUUAGGGAGAAGGCAGGGGUUCCUGAAUUUAACUUGAGAGAUCACUAUCUGAGAUUGUUCAUGGCCAUACAGCAGUAUUAUGCUGAUCCAGAAAACUGUGAGCAGUUGAUCAUCUUAGAACCAAGAAUGCUCUGUGCAGUUAAAUGCAAGGACAAAUGGGCAAGAGGACAAAUUGUAGAAGUUGAUUACUCAAGACAAAUUGUCAUGAGUGUUGUGUUUCUCUUAGAUGAAGGAAGUGAUGUUACUGUAGAGCAGAAUUCCUUGUAUAUCCUUCCGAACCAUCUGGCACUGAUGCCACCACUUAUUGUUGAGGUUUAUCUCUGUAGAGUUCAACCUCUUGACUUUGAUAGGGAAUGGACUUACCAUGCAUCAAAGUACAUUGAUGAUAUAUUCAGCAAUAACAUAAACAAAAGUACUUUUGUUGGACAAAUUGAACUAGCACUUGGUUCAACACUCUGGUUAAGCCCUGUGACUGAGUUAACACAGGCAGGUAAAAGUAAGGUCAAGAUGGAAUCUCUAAGGUCUAGACUCAUUUCUAAUGGAUUUGGAAUCAGCAAUAUUGCUCAUAUGGAAAAGUUGAAAGAGAUGUGUAAAUUAGCUGGUAUAUCCUUGGAACCUGAGGAUCUGUCAUGUGCAUUGUUUAAGACGACUGUGAAUAAGGCACUGGAAUUGCUAAAAGGUACAGAACAAAGUAAAGAGCUCAGUAAGCUGUCUGAAUUGAAUGAUCAUAAUGUUUCCAAAGAUAAGCCUAUCUUUGAAGCUUGCACUAGAAGCCUAGAAGAAUUUAAUUCUGUUGAUGAAGACAAGGAUAUCAGUAAUGAUCUUGAGAAAAUAGGAAACUUACCUACAAAUGUGGAAAAGUCAAGUACUCCUAGAAGUGAAGCUAUAGGUAUUCAUUUGCUACAAGAAUCUUUGCCCUUGGAUACUGAUGUGGAAGUUGGUGUAGCUGAAAUAGAAUCUCAUGACUGGUUCUUUAUUCAACGUGCAGAUAAUUAUGAAAGGUUGGAUGAACUUGAGUUCGAAGUCCAGGAGAUAACUAAGCAUUGGCUAACAGACAGUAAAAAGAGUCUUCAUGAAAAAAGCUUAAAAUGGGAUGAGGAACCAUGUGUUGCGGCUUCUAGCUACUGUCUGGCUAAGUUUUCUGAUGGCAAUUACUACCGUGGCUGGGUGGACAGAGUUGGGCCAGAUCACACCAGUAAGGUCUUUUUUGUUGACCACGGGGAGACUUUAGUUAUACCCUCUAGCCAGGUUCAGCCAUGUCCAUCAUAUAUUUUGGACCUUUUGCCUGCACAAGCUAUUCCAUGUUGUUUGGCCAGUUUAACUUGUCCAUCAGCAGAAUUAAAAGACGUGAAGAGGGCUAUGGAGGAGGUGGCUGAUUCUGUUGAGACGUGGAUAGCAAAGGUUAUAGAAAUAGUUGAAUCAGAGGAUGGGAAAAUGUACAGAGUAGAGUUAAUUGACAACUCAGUGGAGCCACCAAGGCAGAUGUCAAGGGAGCUCAUGAAAGCACACCAAUCUUUGAAUGAGAAUUACAGGGAAAACCAGAUCAGUGAAGAUGUUGAAAAUGAAAAUCAUAUGCAGUCAACAGCAGUGCUUAAUGCGUCAUGCUUAGACAGAGAGGAGGCAAUGAUGUUCUUACAGAAUUUACCCAAUUUCAAGGAAUUGUCAAAAGCAAUCAGGAAUAAUAAUGCAGAAGAAAAAGAAGAUGAAGAAGAAACUAUGGCAGAUGUUAAGAAUUCCUGUGAUUUGCCUGAACCUUUACAAAUUUGCAAUGCCCUUGACAAGUCAGCAUACAGCUCCAGCAAACAAGAAGGGGAGUCAUGGAAAAAUGAAAAUAUAAAAGAGAAAAAACAGGCACAUCAUAGAAAGACAGAAGAACUCAUCAUCGACCGCCAUUCAUCACCAGAAAAUGCCAGUAAUCGGAACCAUAAAAUUUUCCGCAAGCCACACAUGCAACAAGAGAGCACCAAGUCUAAUGGGAAAGCAAAACCAUCUAAGGCUGAUACAGACAUGUUCAACCAGCUUUGUCUACUUGUGCCACCCUUAGAGGCUGUGAAAAACAUUACACGCAGGUUAUAUCCUGAGACAACCUGGAAUCAGACGGACAGUUUGGUUGUCAUCAAUGUACACUUGCUUGGAGUUGAACACUACAAGUGUCGGUUUGCAAGGAAUCAUUUGACCUUUAUGACUGUUGUCAGAGAUAAAUUCUAUGUUAUUGAGGAGACUUUGGCAAAUGAAAUUGAAACAGAUUCAUGCUCUCUCAAAUUAAAAGGCAUGUCUGUUCAUAUUUACCUGACUAAGAAAUCAAAAUGUACAUGGCUCCACCUUUUUGCUGAGAAGGUGAAACGUCCAUGGUUGAAGAUGGCCUACCAUGGCUCAAGCUUAGAUGAGGAAAAGUCAUCAGUUUCUGCUCUCAAAAAAUCAUGGACAGACUUGCAGAUUUGUGAGAACAGCUAUGGAGGAUACCCAGCCGGCAUGAGUGACAGUAGUUCAGAAGAUAGUCAGUCAGAUGAAGACAUGGAUGACUUAAUCACUUGAUUGACCAAGUGAGACCUGUUUGUUAAUCAUGUUGCAUGCAUUUAUUAUCCAGUUGAUACAGUGGAAUGACUGAAUCUGCUUUGUUAUUUAGGAAUUGUCCAAAAACUUCAAUGGGCAUUAUUGUAUGAAUUAGUGACCCUGAUUACAGCUUCCUUUUGCUGGGUAGGCUUUGUGCUAAAGCAGAUUUAUAGAUUCACCAAAAACAUACUUAGUAUGAUUUAUUACUUUCUGCUAGAUUGGCUAGUCCUAUAAACUUUGCACAACAUCCAAUAUAUUCUUCAAUAACGUAAAUGCACAUGCUUCAAUCUGUACACAUAUUUGUGUUCACAAACACUUUGUAGGCACAUUCAAUGGCAAAAUAUUAUUAACAAGUUUUAAAUGAUUUAAUGGUUAAAACAAAUAAAUGUGCUAGACAUCAAGGUCAUAUAGCACUAAAUAAAUUUUAAAGAUUACAGAUGGUAAAAAUCUGUACACUUACAGUAUUCUUCAGAAACUUUACCUGUCCUGUAGUCUCAGAAUGCUGUAGGGUUAUCAUUUAAAACUUUGGCAUCAACUUCUUCUUCUUCUUCUUCUUCUUCUUCUUCUUCUUGCAAUAUCUAAUCCCAGUGUUCUCCAAGUCUGGACAGUUAUUUUAGCUGGCAAAGGCUUUUUGAAGCAGAUAUCACUCAUUCUUCCAUGGAAUUCUUUUGAAUCACUUGUUAUGCAGUAUUCCAUGGGAUUAUUUAAUUUUAACUCCUUAAUUUAAGUAUAUUACUCAGAAGUUGUAAUAAUAAAUUUGAAUUGCAAUAUUGCAGUAGUGUUCUCAUGAUUAGCCCUUUCUUUUUUCAACAUAAAAAAACAGUGUAAUAUAAUUAUCAGUCCUUUUUAAACAUUAGUUCUGUAAAUAUUUUUACAGAGUUAUGAAUCAAUAUUUUCCAUUCAUCUAGAAAGAUGGGAAUUUGUUUCCUUCAGAAUUACAUGUUACAAAAAAAGCCAGUCAUUUUUUUCAGUUGUUUUAUCAGAGAUAAGUUUUAUUUCUCUGUAUGUUUUUUGUUUAAUAGAUAAUUGAUAUUGAAAAUUGUACAAUCAAUUUUCAAGAUAGUUUGUUAUUUUUUUUAGUUUAUAAUAAUAAUAAAGUAUUCUCAGAAAACAAUCUUGACUUCAUACAAUCAUUUACCUAAAGCAUCAAGAAAUAAUCAGAGUACUGGGUUUUGAGCCAAUUAACAGCAUUGGAGCCAUAAAAGAACUGCACACAUCGGAAAUCCAAAGACCAGUCAUGGAUGUGGUAUACUAAAUAAUCUCAUCUGUUUUUGAAAUUCAAGCCCUAAAUCUGUAUUAAGAGGCUUGGACCAUUAGUCAUUUCAGGUGUUUUAUGGCAAGUAUUAGUAAACUUUUCCCUGCAGCCUCCAAUUGAAGAAUUUUAAUAUUUUGGAAUCCAUACAGUAAUUGUUGUAUAUAGCAGUUAAAGUAUGUGCUGGUAUGACAGGCUGAAUUCUAGUCUGUUGUACUUUAUUCCCAAUCAUGCACAUCAGUGAAUCUUGUCAUUUAUCUAUCUUCAUAUUGCAGGAAGAUUUCAAAACUGUUGUCUCGCUUUCUAAUAAGUAAUAAUGUCUAUGUUGUUUUCUCUGCCAUUUUUUGUGUUUUAGUAAUUCACUGUGUGCAUGGGUAUUUCAUAAUGGAUUCCUAUAUGUAAAGUACAAACAGUACAUGCCAAGUGAGAUGAUAGAUCCAUUUAUAAUAGGCUGGUUAAAUGCCAGCCACCAACUUCAGUGUCUAUACCCAAUCAGUUAGUCCUCUGUAAACACAGUUUCCUUAAUUGGCCAAAGACCUGUUUUUGAAAAAAAAACAGGAAACCAUAAUACAUAGAAAUAUUGUAUUAAGUAUUUGUUGUACCUGCAAAAACCUUGGCAUACUGCAAUUAUUACUGCUAAUGCAUAGUAAUACUAGUAAGUCUUAGAUUCUUAGAUUAGUUGCAUUAUCAUUACAUGUUACUCAAGUUCUAAUAGGGAUGGGAAAACUAUCAAGAAAACUAUCACAUAUCACCCUUAAUAUAAUAUGAAAAGGGUAAAUAAGUUUAUUGCUCUAAACUUAAAACCCAAUUUCUUGCCCAACACAUUCAUGUGAAUGUGUUGUGCACUUCCUAUCACUCUUAUUAAACUCUGACUGGA